UCCCGCCCGCGCUGCGUCGAUCGCACGCGACGGGCCCGGAGCGGCGGCUGUGGCGGGCGCCGAGGAUGGCUCCCUCACCAACCAAGCGCAAGGACAGGUCUGAAGAGAAGUCAAAAGACAGGUCCAAGGAUAAAGCAUCCACUAAGGAGUCGGGUGAAAAGGAUCGCGGUCGAGACAAGACGCGCAAGAGACGCAGCGCUUCCAGCGGCAGCAGCAGUACCAGAUCCCGUUCCAGCUCCACUUCCAGUUCAGGGUCCAGUUCCAGCACUGGUUCCAGCAGUGGCUCUAGCUCCUCUUCUGCCUCAAGCCGCUCUGGGAGCUCCAGCACCUCACGCAGUUCCAGCUCCAGCAGCUCCUCUGGCUCUCCGAGUCCGUCCCGACGGAGACACGACAACAGGAGACGCUCCCGCUCCAAGUCCAAGCCACCCAAGAGAGACGAAAAGGAGCGGAAGAGGCGAAGCCCAUCACCCAGACCUACAAAAGUGCACGUUGGAAGGCUCACUAGAAAUGUGACCAAGGAUCACAUCAUGGAAAUUUUUUCCACUUAUGGAAAGAUUAAAAUGAUUGACAUGCCAGUUGACAGGCUGAAUCCACACCUCUCCAAGGGCUACGCUUACGUGGAGUUUGAGAACCCAGACGAUGCCGAGAAAGCCCUGAAGCACAUGGAUGGAGGCCAGAUCGAUGGUCAGGAGAUCACAGCCACAGCUGUGCUGGCACCGCGGCCCCGGCCCCCGCCCCGGCGCUUCAGCCCACCCAGGAGGAUGCUGCCGCCGCCACCCAUGUGGCGCAGGUCCCCCCCACGCAUGAGGAGGAGGUCCCGCUCCCCUCGGCGCAGAUCCCCCGUUCGCCGGCGAUCCAGAUCCAGGUCCCCGGGCCGCAGGCGCCACCGCAGCCGCUCCAGCUCCAACUCCUCACGAUAAAGCAAAAGAGACUGGACAAGCUUUUUAUUUUUUAACUUAAAAUCCCUUCAGACUAAAUAUUGUACCUUUUUUUUUAUAACGGAUCUGGGUGAGCAGAGGGGGGAGAGAGAGGGCAAUCCCGGCAGUGAAGGCAGCCUGAGAGCAGAGGGCGGCAGCUCCCGGCCCGUAGCUGCCCUUUGCUUGUGGAGCUUUGAGCUUCCUGGUGUUGAAUUGAAAUGAUUUAACAAUGGCUUUGAUUUUUAAAGGCUGCAAAAAAAACCAAACCCAAUCCAAGCACCCCAACCCAUCUUUUCCAGAUAAAAGGCAGGAAAGAUGUGACAGCCUCUCUCUUCCUCCAGUUAGCAGGCUGCUGCUUGGUGAUUCUAAACGCUUCGCACGCUGUACAGACGAGCAUGUCAAUCUCGAGCUAGUUCACAAACCCUGUGUAGUUAAGACAGGGAGAGGCAUUUAACUUUUCAUCUCUAGGUGCCAGCACAGGGGGGUUUUCAGAGCAGCUGGAGUCCAGAUCUGCCCAAGACUUCACAUACUGAAUUGUUGCUUUGUUCCAGUUCCCAGCCAGAUUAGUUCCUGCUGAUUAAAGCUCUCCUGUAACGCAGGUCACCACAGAAACAACGGUCCAGCCCCCUGAAUAUGGUGCUGUAGAAAAGAAGCUGGAAAAUCUUAAGGACUGGUUUGUAACCUGGCCUUGUAAGUGAUUUCUUUCACUGUUUUUCUUAAAGGGUUUUGGGAAAAACUUCCUGCACAACCCCCCCAGGGAAAGGCUGUGAGCUCUUCAGCUCUAUCCCACCUCAAACCGGCGACUGAGCAUCGGCCCCCUGGAAACUGCACGGGAGGGAGGCUCGGGGCCACCCCGCUGGGUUAUCUGUGCUCCACAGAGGGAAAGGAAAAGAAUUUACCAGCUGUUGUACAGUCAAUCCUAUACAGAUUUGUUUUGUUUUGUUUUGUAUCACUUUGUAGCCUUUUGGGCCAUGUUGUGUUUGUACUUGUGUAGGAUGAGCGACUCUCGAAUAAAGCAGUAGGGUUGAGAAUA